AUGGUAUCAAGAUCCUUCUGUAUAGGUACUAAAAACUUGAAUAGUUUUGAUAACGAAGAUGAAGAAGAUGAUCUACUUAGUAAAAAAGAUGUAGAAAGACUCACAAAUUUGUGGAAAACCAUGAAAGAUAGUAAAAAGCAUCUGAAUAAUAGCAAAACGAACAUAAAUGCAAGCUUUUUGAAUACUAAUGCGCCUCAUCAUUUGAAUAACUCUUUUAAUAAUCAUACUAUGAAAUAAAAUGAUGAUUCUAUUUGCGAGUAAUUUGAUAACAAUAACAACAAUGAUAUUUCUUUAAAUAUCUCUAAAAUUCCUCAUAUACCAAAAUAAACAGAUGCAAUUUUACUCCAAAAAGCUAAAGACUCAAAUAAGCUUUUAAUCAGAAAAGUUAAAGAAUAGGAAGUUGAAUUGGAGUAGUGCCAUUAAAAAAUUGCAAAAUUAGUCAGUUAAAAUUAAACUCAAACGAAAUAAAUCAGCGAGUUAUCAUAAAAGCUUGAAUAAUACGCUAUCAGUUAAAAAGAAAUAUUGGAAAAAUCUAGACUUAACACAAACAUGAUAGAGCAAAGUCUAGAGGAUAAAGACAGAAUUAUGGAGGAUUUGAAAACUCAGCUUUAAGAAUCAAAGGACUAAGUACAAAGAAUGAUAAACUCAAACAAAGAAAUAAUGAAUGAAAAUUCUAAAUUAAUUGAAUAGUUAGAAAGCAAAACAGUUGAAAAUGAAAGGAUUAAGGAUAGAUUGCAAUAGGUUGAGAAAUAUUUGGAAGAAAUAUAUAAUGAAAAAUAAGCUAAUGGGGUUAAUUAAGUAGAAAUGGAUUAUUUAAAAUCAGAUAUUGAAAGAUUAUUAAAAUUAUUAAAAUCAACUUAAGAAUAUAAGGAACUUUCAUUUAUGGCAGAAGAAAGUAUGUCAAUUAGAUAUCUAAAGAAUAAUCCCAGCUUUUUGAAGAAUUAUAAAUCAAACAAUUAGAAUUCUUCAUCUGUUGAUUUAAAGUAAAGCACCAUUAAGAGAAAUUGCUGUGGUUGUUCUGCCUAGGUAAAACAGUAGGAAGUAAAUGAAAAACAGCUUUGGGUUCCAAAGGAUGCAUUCUAAUUUGCAUUUUAAAUAAGCUAAAAAUACAAUAAAAGACUAACAGAAGAAAUAAUUGAAGAACUACUAUAUGGAUUAAACUAAAUAUGGUCAAAUAGAGAAAAAACUAUAGUUGAUAAACUCAAAAGAUAAUAUGAAACAGAAAACAAAGAGCUUAAAAAAUAACUGAAUAAAAAUCUCACUUAUGAUGAAGUUUAAGCAAAAAAAAAGAUUUAAAGAUUAAAAUCCGAAUUAAGUAAAACAAGGAAAGAAAAUGACUUCAGUACUCUCAACACAACUCUUCCUUUGCCACCUAGUAGAGGAAGCAGCUUAAAUGGCAACUCUCAUUAGUGUAAAUAGUAAGAAAAGAUUAUUUACUUUUAAGAUGCAAUUAGAUUAUUUUAGGAGUACGAGUCUGAAAUAAGAAUUGGCAAAGAAGAAUUGUAAGAAGCCAAGAACAAAAUAAGAUAAAUAGAAGAAGAUGCCUCUUUGUAUGAUAAGGUUAUUUACAUGGAAGGAGCUCUAUGGAUGAUUGAAAAAAUAUUAGCUGAUGUUAAUAAAGUAAAGCAGUAGUCAUUUAACUAGUUAAAUUAAUAUUAAUUGGAUUUAGACAAGCUCCUUCUGGUUACCAACAAUAACUCUGAAGAAGAAAUAGAUGUCAAUGCUGUAUUAAAAUUAACAAAGAAUUUAGUCUCUGCUCUUUCUCACUUAAACCAAUCUUUGAAUGAAAAAUAUCAUAAUUUAAAAGAUUCCACUUAAAAGUAAAUUGAAAAAAGCAGCAAGGCUUAACAUAAAUUGAAAAAGUAAAGAAAAGCAGAUACUAAUUAGCAUAAUUAAGAGAACAUAAAUACUAUGAACAGUUUAAAUAAAAAUGCUCAUAGCUAAUACGAUGAUGACUAUGAAAAAGAGUAGAAUAUAAAUUCAGCAGUUAUAUCACCAAUAAGCAUAAAUAACCAUAAAUAAUACCAUUCUUAUAACAAUGUUGAGUCUAAUACUACAACUUAAAGAGUUGUCGCUUCAAAUUUAAUCCCUUAAGUUUACAACUCUAACAGUGUUUACUCAUCUAAUCAUAAUAUAAAUAAUUAUUUAUCUGAGCACAAUUAAAACACUCAUAUCAAUCAUAAAAGUGCCAAUAAUAUAGACUCUUCCUCUCACAGAUAAAAUAACCACUAUUCCGCAAUAAGUACACCUAUAUAAUAAUAUUACUCUAGCAGCCACUCAGGAUAAUAUAAUUCCAGAUUAAAAGAUAUAUUUGAUGAUUCUAUAAAUUAAAGACCUAUCUAAGAAAAAUAAAAUAGAAACUUCAUAGAGUAAUGA